AUGACAUCUAUCACAGAAUCAUCGAACUCUUCAUGGUGCGAUGGUGUAGUUGGGACGGCUUUAGCCGGAAGAUGCGGUCGACCGGCGGGGAUAGCCUUCAAUGAAAAAACAGGUGAGCUCUACGUCGCCGAUGCACCGUUGGGUCUUCACGUUGUGUCUCCCGCCGGUGGCUUGGCCGUAAAAAUCGCCGACAGUGUUGAUGGAAAGCCCUUUAAAUUUCUCGACGGUCUUGACGUUGAUCCAACUACUGGUGUCGUCUACUUCACUUCCUUCAGCUCACGCUAUACCCCAAUUCAAGUGUUGAUUGCAUUGGGAUUAAAGGACGCGACCGGAAAACUCUUCAAGUACGAUCCAUCAACAAAGGUCGUGACCGUAUUAAUGGAAGGUUUAAGUGGCUCAGCUGGUUGUGCCGUGAGCUCGGAUGGUUCGUUCGUGCUUCUCAGUCAGUUCACAAAGAGUAACAUCAAGAGGUAUUGGAUCAAGGGACCUAAAGCUGGUUCAUCUGAAGACUUCACAAACUCGGUCUCAAACCCUGACAAUAUCAAGAGGAUUGGUUCUACAGGAAACUUUUGGAUCGCUUCGGUUGUGAACAAGAUCGUUGUGCCGACAAACCCAUCAGCGGUCAAAGUGAACUCCAAUGGUGAAGUGCUUCAAACAAUUCCUCUAAAAGAUCAAUUUGGGGACACUUUGCUUAGCGAAGUUAACGAAUUCGAUGGUAGUUUAUACAUCGGGACUCUCACUGGCCCUUUUGCUGGAGUUCUUAAGCUUUAAAUUUGUUUAAAAGUAUGGUUAGAUCUCUGAUUUGAAGGCCGCCGGUGUUUACCAUAUAUGAAGUGAAGUUUUUUUUUUAUUGAAUGUCAAAGGUCACAACCAUAUAUCAUGGUCUGUUUGUCUUUAUAGUAUUAAAAAUAAAAUGUUUUUAAUUCUUUUAACCAAAUAGUAUUAUUUUGUAAAUAAAAUUAAGAACAAAUUAGAUCGGUCAUGUUUUACUGAAUUAUUAUAGUUUGCAAA